ACUACGAUAUCUUAUGGGCUAAAAGCAUGGAACCCAACGAUCCCAGCCAUUAAAUGUGCAUAUCAGCACAGCACUCGUGGUCGUGGAGACCAUGGGAUCAAAUGUUCUGAUAUAGAAAAUAGCCAUGGCUGAGAAAUUGGUGUGGUUAGGUUCAGAGUCUUCAGACUUCAGACAUCAGACACAUAUAGUAGUGCAUCUCAAACUGCAGAGGCACGAACUACAACUUCCAUAAAAAUAUUCUCGUACAAGUAAAUGUUUUGACAUAUAAUGGCCAUGGUAGCGACAGAGGCGAGUCACAGAAAGCUUAAAACUCAGUUCCACUUCUCUUCCUCCCAUCAGCAUCAUCACCAACACCGGCACCUCCUAUCACUAACUGAAACUCAACAUUACAGUGAGCAAUGAAGCUAUCCUCACAAUUAGCAGCUGAGUAAGGACAGAGAGGAGUGUGGGUGUAUGAUCACCACCACCACAACCACCUCUUCCUCUUCCACCACCACCACCAGGUAAGAAGUUUAAUUAUCUCGACCAUAAUCUUCUUUAUUUUCUUUAUACCUUGGCCACCACCACCAUCACUACCAUAUGCAUGUUGUCCUUUUCAGAGUGGACUUUAGCUACUACUACCGCCACCAUCACCAAUAUCACAGUAACCACAUUUUAACCUUUACCGUCCACCUGUAGGUAGAAACCUCAAAUGGAAAAACCAACCCAAGUCACCAUCUUUUCUUUCUGUUUGUUUUUCUUUUUAACAUUCACUUCUGUGGUUUUCUCACUUUCUCCCGAUGGACAAGCUCUUCUCUCCCUUCUUGCAGCUGCUGAUGCAUUUUCAACGGAAUCUUCAUCCAUUCUCGCUUCAUGGAACCCAUCAGACUCAAUACCAUGUUCGUGGCAGGGCAUAACGUGCUCUCCACAAGACAGAGUUAUCUCACUCUCUCUCCCAGACACAUUCCUCAAUCUCUCUGUGCUCCCUCCUCAGCUCUCUUUGCUCUCAUCUCUGCAACUUCUCAAUCUCUCAUCCACCAAUAUAUCAGGUCCCAUUCCUCCCUCGUUCGGAUUGCUUACCCAUCUUCGCCUCCUCGAUCUUUCAUCUAAUUCUCUUUCGGGUCCCAUCCCUCUGCAGCUUGGUGCAAUCACUUCGCUUCAAUUUCUCUUCUUGAACUCCAAUCGUCUCUCAGGUCGCAUCCCUCAGCAGUUGGCUAACCUGUCCUCGCUACAAGUCCUCUGUCUCCAAGACAAUCUCCUUAAUGGGUCUAUACCUUUCCAGUUGGGUUCAAUGGUCUCCCUCCAACAGUUUCGAAUCGGUGGGAACCCAUAUCUAACUGGUGAGAUUCCACCCCAGUUAGGACUGCUAACUAAUCUCACCACAUUUGGUGCUGCGGCAACUGGGCUCACUGGUGUAAUGCCCCCCACCAUCGGGAACUUGAUCAACCUCCAGACGCUGGCGCUUUAUGAUACUGAGAUAUCUGGUCCGGUUCCACCUGAACUGGGUUUGUGUUCAAAGCUUACAAGUUUGUAUUUGCACAUGAACAAGCUCACUGGUUCAAUCCCGCCUCAACUUGGCAAGUUACAAAAGCUUACAAGCUUUCUUAUCUGGGGCAAUUCGAUCACAGGGCCAAUCCCAGCAGAGAUCUCCAACUGUUCAUCUCUAGUCGUCCUUGAUGUCUCUGCUAAUGAUAUUUCUGGUGAAAUCCCAGCUGAUAUAGGGAAACUAGUGGUGCUUGAGCAACUUCAUUUGUCGGACAAUUUACUCACUGGUUCCAUUCCAUGGCAGUUGGGCAACUGUACGAGUCUGACUGCUCUACAGCUUGAUAAGAACCAAUUAUCAGGGCCAAUUCCAUGGCAAGUUGGUAAUUUGAAAUUUCUACAGAGCUUCUUCUUGUGGGGUAAUUCAGUUUCUGGAACUAUACCUCCUUCUUUUGGAAAUUGCACGGAGCUAUAUGCUCUCGAUCUUUCACGAAACAAGUUGACAGGACCAAUCCCAGAAGAGAUUUUUGGUUUAAAGAAGCUGAGCAAGCUUCUGCUUCUAGGAAAUUCAUUAUCUGGUGGGUUGCCUCAGAGUGUUGCAAAAUGUCAAUCUCUGGUGAGGUUGAGGCUUGGAGAGAACCAGCUUUCGGGCAAGAUUCCUAAGGAGAUAGGUCAAUUGCAGAAUCUCCUCUUCCUUGACUUGUACACUAACCAUUUCUCUGAUAACCUCCCUGCUGAGGUUGCCAACAUCACAGUUCUUGAGCUGUUGGAUGUGCAUAACAACCACAUAACAGGAGAAAUCCCAUCUCAGUUGGGGGAGCUUGUAAAUUUAGAACAACUUGAUCUCAGCCGAAACAGCUUCACAGGUGGAAUCCCCUGGAGUUUUGGGAAUUUCAGUUACUUGAACAAACUUAUUCUCAACAAUAAUCUACUUACUGGACCAAUCCCCAAAUCCAUCCAGAACCUUCAAAAACUUACUCUGCUGGAUUUAAGUUUCAACAGCCUCUCUGGUGCAAUUCCACCUCAAGUAGGUCAUGUCACCAGCUUGACAAUUAGUUUGGACUUAAGUUCAAAUGUGUUUACAGGAGAAAUCCCCAAGGAGUUCUCAGGUUUGACACAGUUGCAGUCACUUGAUCUUUCCAAUAAUUUGCUCUAUGGAGGAAUCAAAAUUUUGGGCCUCCUAACUAGUCUCACAUCCUUGAAUAUAUCCUUCAACAAUUUCUCAGGCCCCAUCCCUGUGACUCCCUUCUUUAGGACCCUAUCUUCAAAUUCGUAUCUCCAGAAUCCAAAUCUUUGUGAAUCCCUUGAUGGGUCUAAUUGUUCCUUAGGUCUGAUUCGAAAUAGAGGAUUAAAAUAUGCCAAAACAAUAGCUUUAAUCUCUGUAAUUCUAGCUUCUGUAGCAAUGGUGAUUCUUGUAUCUUGGAUCAUUGUAACCAGAAACCGAAAUUAUUUAACAGAAAAAUCCUCAGGUGAUGGCUCUUCAUCAGGGGCUGAAGAUUUUUCAUAUCCAUGGACAUUCACUCCAUUUCAGAAGCUCAAUUUCACAAUUGAGAACAUAUUAAACUGUCUGAAAGAUGAGAAUGUGAUCGGAAAGGGAUUUUCUGGAAUUGUAUACAAGGCUGAGAUGCCUAAUGGAGAACAGAUUGCAGUCAAGAAGCUCCGGAAAACAAAGAAGGGUGAAGAACCAGUGGAUUCUUUUGCUUUAGAAAUCCAAAUUCUAGGACAUAUACGCCAUCGGAACAUUGUGAGACUCCUGGGUUACUGUUCAAAUAAGUCAAUAAAGCUCCUUCUUUAUAACUACAUAUCAAAUGGGAAUCUGCAACAGUUACUCCAGGAAAAUAGGAACUUGGAUUGGGAAACUAGGUACAAUAUCGCUGUAGGUUCUGCUCAAGGUCUUGCUUAUCUUCACCAUGAUUGUGUGCCAGCAAUCCUUCAUAGGGAUGUGAAGUGUAAUAACAUACUUUUGGAUUCCAAGUUUGAGGCUUAUCUGGCAGAUUUUGGACUAGCCAAGCUGAUGAGCUCUCCCAAUUACCACCAAGCCAUUUCUAGAGUUGCUGGGUCCUAUGGCUACAUUGCACCAGAAUAUGGAUACACAAUGAACAUUACAGAGAAGAGUGAUGUCUACAGUUAUGGGGUAGUUUUGCUGGAGAUCCUCAGUGGCCGUAGUGCUAUUGAGCCUCAAGUUGGUGAUGGGCUUCACAUAGUUGAGUGGGUGAAGAAGAAGAUGAGGAGCUUUGAGCCAGCUAUAACCAUAUUGGAUUCCAAGCUUCAGAGCUUACCUGACCAAAUGGUGCAAGAGAUGCUUCAAACUCUUGGAAUUGCGAUGUUCUGUGUGAAUUCAUCACCAUCAGAACGGCCCACCAUGAAGGAAGUAGUGGCACUGUUAAUGGAGGUCAAGAGCCAGCAUGAAGAUUCAGGGAAGACUUCUCAGCCUCUCAUAAAGCAGCCAUCAAUCCAAAGCUGAAACAUUUUUUCUUUUCUUUUCAAUUAUAAUUUUCUUUUUCCCUCCCUAAGAAAAAAAGGGUUGAUAUAGGUGGGAAAUUGAUGGUCUGUAUAGUUGACAACAACAAUGUAGUUGACUUACUUCAUCUUCUAUUUUCUUUUCUUUGACUCACGUUCUACUUGUUUCACAGCUGGUCUGAUCAUUCAAGCAAAGAAAAAAAAAGAAACUGCACUUUCUAUUGUAUCUAUAUCCAACCCUGUUAUAUGUAACAUUUGUGUUUCUAGAGGCUAGAGGAAGAGAUGAGAAAUUCUGAGGCACAAAGGACUCAAAAAUGAUAAAUGUUGAGUGGAUGGAUGUAUCACCAUACUUCAAAGUCCCAAAAAUAGGGAUAAAGCUUAUUCAGGUUCAGAUUUUCAUCACUGGAGCACUACUUAACAUGUGAUUCAGAUCCAUUAAAUAACAAAAUCCAAUCUUGAUUAGCUCAAUUUCCUCAGCCACCAAUCCAACGGUUCAAGAGAGGCAGAAAACAUGAGAUUGGAAUCAAUUUAACACCCAUACAAGACCAUCAUAUAUGGGUGAAAGUCUGAUACCAAUGUGACAGUUUAAGUGUAGAACGCACAUGAUGAAAGAAGUGAACAAUUAAUCCAGUUUGGAAACAUGGAGGACAAAAAGUGAAAAGCAGUUCACCAACACUUUGCCUGGUUUGCCUGGUCAACUGGCCAGAUAUUCAGCCCUGAGAAGAGACAACAUACUAAAAAAACUACACCUCCAACUUGGGCACGUGCAUGUUCCAUUGUCUGGCAUUCUUUCUUCAGUUGGCCCAUACCUCUUUUGUGGCAUUCAUCAAUCAGAAGAUUUUAAAUAAUUCAUCGCUAAAGUCCACUUUUUCCC